CUUUUGAUGAUUUCCAACAUAAUAGUGUUUUUCUGGGAUGAAAUGAUGUUUUCUCAGCCUCUGACGACACAGCUGAUCCCUUCUUUAUUUCUCUCAUCCGUAAAGAUUAUGGCAUGAUGAAUUAUUCCCCCUUUUUUCUCCAUUUCUCCCUCUCUUUGCCUAUAUCCUUUUUACCACACACACACACACGCGCACACACACACGCCUUUCCUCCAUCCCUACCAACAGGGAGCCUCUUUCAAGCCAGUGGUUCCUUUUACUUGACUAAUUAGCCUUGAAGUGCUGUUGCAGAGUGUCAUAUUUAGCAGAGCGACCUAGUAGCAGAGUGCAGACCGAUAUAGACUCGGCUGGCUGGUAGCUGAGACCCUGGGAAAAGGCAGCCUCUCCGUCUCCCUUAAUUCACACACAGUGCUGAGGAUUUCUCAGGAACAGAGCGAUGAAAGUGAGAGGUGGUGUUGCCUCAAACUAGAUGGAAGAGGAAGAGACACAGGGAGCUGCGACUAAAGCAAAAAUGGCAGUCAGCUGCAGGAGCACAUCCUCCUAAAGAACAAAACGUUUGACCAGUGUGCAGCAGCACGUUUUCCAACAUACAAAGGCUGAAGAUGACCCCACAGAUGAUUGACAGUCAGCUGGCACAGCGCAGGAGGGUGAUGGGAAACAUUAUGGGUGACCAAGCACAACAAAAGAGAAGCACAUCCAUCGUGCCCUGCUUCGUCUUAGUCGAGCUGGUCAUCAUGGCAGGGACUGUUCUGUUGGCGUACUACUUUGAAUACACCGACACGUUCCCUGUGCACAACCAGGGCUUCUUCUGUUUUGACAAAACCUACUCCAAGCCAUACCCAGGACCUGAGGACAACAGCAGGGCACCACCUGUCCUCGUCUACUCUCUGGUCACCGCCAUCCCCACUGUGACGAUUCUCAUCGGGGAAGUAGCCAGUAUCUUCGUGAAGACAGAGGAAGAUCAGGAGAAGACGAUAGUCACCGCUGACUGCUGUUAUUUCAACCCUUUACUACGUAGGAUCGUCCGUUUCCUGGGUGUCUAUUCGUUUGGCCUGUUCACCACUACUAUCUUUGCCAAUGCCGGUCAAGUUGUGACAGGAAAUCAGACGCCUCAUUUCCUGACCGCCUGUAAGCCAAACUAUACAGCUCUGGGUUGCCAGUCUCCACUGCAGUACAUCUCAGAGCAUCGCGCCUGUACAGGAAACCCGUACUUGAUAGUGACGGCACGGAAAUCUUUCCCCUCCAAGGAUGCAGCUCUCAGUUUUUAUUCAGCCGUUUAUACAGUGAUGUAUGUGACUCUCAUGUUCCGCACCAAAGGGACCAGACUGACCAAGCCCACCAUUUGCCUGGUGCUGCUGUCGCUGGCACUGCUGGUGGGAGUGGUGAGAGUGACGGAACACAGAAACCACUGGGAUGAUGUUCUCGCAGGGAUCAUCACUGGAGGGGCCAUCGCUGCUUUUCUGGUGACAUGUGUGAUCAACAACUUCCAGCCAACACAGUUAUCAACGCUGAUUCCUCCACCUUCAAAGAAUCCAGACCAAUCCAUUGGAAUCCCUCUCCUCAGCCUGCCCCGUGUUGAGAGUCCACAUGAAAAGUUAAGUGGGCUCCAGGCUUCGGGGAUACCAGAUUCUAAGAUCACAUGACUAUCAGCCAAUCCUAGCUCCCACUCCUCCCGAUGUGCUCCUCCCCUCCAGGCGUUGCCUCACGAGUGCAGUCUAGACAUGCCCUCCAAAAGCCCCCUCUGCUGUCCCUCUGACUUCAAAGAAGGACAUUGUCUCCUUCGAGGGAAAUCAACACAGGUGUGAAGAUCCACGGUCACAGGAAGCAGGACGGGCUGGAAGACCUGUCCUCACCAGGGCCUCUCCCUGACCUGUCCUGUCCCGUUUGUCCCCUGAUAUAGAUCUAAUAUAAGACAUGACAACACUGCAGGUGUUGAAGCAAUACUGUGUACAUCUCCCCUGUUCUAGUUCAAAGCCUCAACAGUGACUGUAAAGACAGCACCAAAAACAGCAGAUCAACUCCAGCAUUGAAAGACCCUUUUACUCAGGUCAAUAAAAAGGAAAAGCAGAAUAGAACAAAACCACAUACUUACGAGAUGCACUGUCCAUGUGAAUGUGCUUUUUGUAAAUUUAAGCACAGGCGAACAAUAUGCUGUCCACUAUGUUCUGCUUUUUUAGGGGCGAUGUUUUCAUGCGAGAUUCUUUGCUGUAAAUCUGUACUGUGACAGAGGUUUACACUGAACACGGCUGUGUUUCUGUUUUGCGCCACAGUUAAUUAACUGUAGAGAAAUGAGCCGACUGUCUGACCCUUCUACCACUGACUUUUUAGGUGUCUGAUGCUGGUCGGUAAAUACUGUUAAUAUUUGACUUAACGACAUUUACAAUUAUUUUUAACUAAAUGUCCUUAAAGUGCACCUUCUCUGUUCUCACCCCUAUUUUAUGUUGUAUUUUCCCUCCACAAUCGUCCACUAUGUUGAAUUAUAAGGUUUCACCAUGAAACAUUAAGUUUUAAGUAGGUUAGGAUUUUUAAGCACAGCAUUUACUGUAUUCUUGAGUAGUGUGUCUUACCAGAUGUCAAACAGAAAACAAAACUCUUUUAGCAUCUUGUUGUUUCAUUGACAAAGGUAAAGGCCACUUGGCUUUGCUGUAGUUUUCUGCAUCUCUUACCAGUGUGAGGUUUUAAUAGAAAGGUAAGCGUGACAUUUUUUAAAGACAGUACACCAGUACGAUGUGAUUCGCUAGAGAUAAAAACAAACAAACAUUGUUUUUUUAAUCAUAUAAUUAUGUCUUAUACAGCAGGUUUAUAUUCCCAAAGGCUGCUCAUCCACACAUACAGUACAUCAGCUCAUACAUCACACUGUGACUAUAUUAAGUGAUGUGUGCAUUGUGAUGAGUUUACAUCCUAAUUAUCCAACUAAAUCUGUGAUUGGACACCAAGCCCUGCUCUGAACGCAGCUCAUUUCACUCACUGAUCCGAAACGACUACACAAUUAAAUUAUGAAAAAUAAUAGUAUCAGUAUUGUUUUUUUAAAUACUGCAGUCUUGUUUUCUCAUGUGGGAUUGUAUGAUUUUUUUGUAUACAUUAAUAAGUUCUAAUUUGUGUGUCAUUUUCUUUAAACUAUCAGUCACUUACGUUGAUACAGUAUGUCACUGUUAGCCUUUAAAGGUGUCCUGACCAUACCUAUGAAAGCAGACUGUUCUUUGUUCAACUUUAACUUUGAUUAUAGUUAAACUUUCCAUUGUUUUUGUAAAAAAAAUAUUCACAACAUUUUUCCACAUAUUUGUUUUAUAUUUCUUUAUUAAAAUAAAGUAUC